AUGGCCGCCGCCGACACAUUUGCUGAAUGCGUCAUCGCGUUCGUCGCCAGCAAUUUACUGACUCCCAAACUGAUCGGAGAGCUAUCGACCGUUCUAGAAGAGAAUGGUGCAGAAAUAUGUGAACCUCGACGCGACGGCUCAUUACCGAUCGAGAAAGUCACCCACAUCAUCUCCAACACGAUCGAUUUCCCUCAGUUCACUGAGGCACAGGCUCAUAUGAUCCCUGUAGUGACGACUCAAUGGAUCACCUUAUCUAUAGCUCGCAGGAAACAGGCUCAAAUUAGGCCUUUUUCGCCUGAUCCGAGAAUGAUCUUUUCCGAGGUGGUGGUGACUUGUGCGGAUCUGCCAGAGACCGACAAGGAGAGCAUUGCUGGUGCCACAAUGGCUUUGGGUGGACAAGAAACAAAAGAUGCAUCUAAGUUAACCACACAUAUUUGCGCCCUAUCGAUGGACCAUCCCAAGGUCCAAGUUGCUCUACAAAAGGGAUGGAAAGGCAAAGUUGUGUUGCCACACUGGUUCGAUGAUUGUUUCAAACUUGGGAAACGUAUCGACGAAGGCCCCUAUCUACUACCCGAUCCCGAAAUUCUUAAGAAGACUUCUGCGGACGAUCUCAAAAUACCCUCCAACGAAAACCUCGCGGGCGCGACAUCACCGACGCCGAAUUAUCUUCCUUUACCCUUGCCUUCUGAUGGAGAGGUCGUUCGCCCACCGGUCACUGUUUUUCAGGACCGUAAUGUGUUGCUAUCUUGGGAUCUGACUAUAACCGAUCGACUGUCAAAGGUGGUCAAAGAAAUUAUCGUGAGAGGGGGCGGAAAGCUCGUGGAUAAAGUCGAGGAUUGCGACAUGCUCAUUUGCCAAUAUCGCGACGGUCCUCAAUAUGUUCAAGCGGCGCAAGCGUACAAAGAAGUCGGAAAUCUGGCUUGGCUUUACUGGCUCAUCGUCCAUAACGAGUGGACAUCGCCGCUCCGUCGACUGCUACACUAUCCGAUCCCCAAGGAUGGUAUAGAAGGAUUUAAGGGUCUACGUAUCACAGUGUCAAAUUACGGUGGUGAAGCACGAAUUUACCUGGAGAACCUGAUCAAAGCUGCUGGAGCCGAGUUCACCAGAACGAUGAGAGCCGAGAAUACGCAUCUAAUCACUGCUAGAGACUCUAGCGAGAAAUGCAAGGCGGCUCCUGAAUGGGGGAUCGCCGUUGUCAACCAUCUCUGGAUCGAGGAGAGCUAUGCCAAGUGCGAAAUCACGCCCAUCAACAUCAAGAAGUAUAAUCAUUUCCCCCCGCGCACUAACCUGGGCGAGAUAAUCGGGCAAACGUUCUUUGAUGAACCAAAGUUGCGCGACAAGUACUACCCCGGGGGGCCGGCUAAGCUCUCGCCACGAGCCAAGAGGAAGCGAGCAAUCCUGGAAGCUGCAGAGGAGAACGCAUAUGCACGAGGGCCAGCAGAGGGUGUUGUUAUUGGCCAGGCUGGUAACGAGGACGUCGAGAUGGAAGACUCUAACGGGGGAGGAAGUGAGAAGUCCGCAAAGAAGACGAAGACCAUCAGAGAUGCAACACCAAUUCGUCCACGCUGUACUGGGAAGGAGAACGAGACGCCGUCGGUGGCUUCCACAGGAAGUCGUAGCGCCAAAGCGAAAGCCCAGGAACGUCUGCAUGGCUUGAGCGACGAUAUUGCGCUUUACGAAAAGGAGAAGAAGAGACAUGCCAAGGGAGGCAACACAAUCUGGGGUGGAAAGCGAGCUGCCGACCAGGCCGAAAAGACUAACACCAAAACCAAACAAGAGGAGAAGCCUGAAGAUGAAGAUGCCGACGCGUUAGCGAAGCGGCCAAUCAAAAAGACCAAGCCGUCACUUCCAGACAUUCAGAUGCGUGUUGUCUUGACUGGAUUCACUCGCUGGGUUGGGGAUAAGAACAAGGAAGACCAGGAUCGAAGAAAACUUCGGGACAUGGGCAUACAGAUUGUGCAAGAGGGUCAGCCGUGCGACUAUUUGGCAGCCCCUAGUGUCGUCCGCACUGUCAAAUUCCUAUGCGCGCUUGCACGCGGCCCAACAGUGAUCUCGUCAACUUUUAUUGACCAGUCUCUAGACAAGGGCACCCUUCUCGAUGUUGAGGAUUUCAUCCUCAAAGAUAAUGCAGCUGAGAAGCGGCACAACAUUGUGCUUGAGACAUCAGUCGCUCGUGCCAAGGCAAACAGAGGCAAACUUCUUGUUGGUGUUCCCAUCUAUUGCACGGAAAAGAUCCGCAAUGGUGCGGAGAGCUACAAAGCGAUCGCCGAGGCCAACGGGGCGAUCUUCAAGAUCUACCGGGCUCGGAGCGGGACGACAAUCCGACCAACAACGGCAGAGGAGGAGGGUAACGCGCCACCCGAGCCGGUCUACCUAUUAAGUAGCGGACGUCCUGACGAGAGGCCGCUUUGGGAGAAAUUCCGUGAUAUGGCGUACAAAGGUAACAUGGAGCCUCGCAUUGUUGCACCUGACUGGUUGCUCGAUGUCGCAAUGGCUCAACAGGUGCGGUUUGAUGACAAAUUUUUGGCGGAGAACUUUUACGGAAAUUCGCAGUAG